AUGACCAUCGAUGAAACCAGCUCCAGGUCUCCCAUUCAAACACAGUUUGAUCGCUCAAUGGCGCAACCAGGCGAUACUGUCGGAUCCGACCAAUUAAUGAGAAGCAGUGCACCAGAAUGUCAACCCUUUACAACGUCGCUUCCAGGUGCCGCAUAUGCACCCACAAUGUCAAGCGGGAGGGCUGCAGAUGGAAGACCAUCGACCUCUCUCAAUCAGAAGGCCAUGCGGAGAGACAUGCAGAAUCAAGCGCCUCCACAACCCACCAUGCCGUUUGCAAUGCAAGGCGGCGGCAGCGACGACACAAGGUUCAUUCCUCCUCCAUAUGACCCCACUAAUGAGUUCCUUGAAGCACAGCAUUUUGACCUCUCUACCAAUCUCGGCGACGUAUGGAGCACCAUGAAUCAAUUUCCGGAACCGAUCGUGUCAGAUCAGUAUGGUGAUGGACUCAAUAUACUGGAUAUGUCCAAUUUAACUGGCUUCCAUCAUGGUGGAGCCUUUUUCAACUUCGACUAUUUACCUUGA